UUGACAAUGGCGACCUUUAUACAUGAUACGUAGAUCUCUGCGAUUUAUCCGCAAAGAAAGACAUCACCAGUUUACUAUACGUUUCAACUUCUGGUGGCUAUCGUCUGGUAUUGCGUGCGUGCGUGUGUGUAUGUAUGUGUUGCGUGCACAUUUCACGUCUGCAACACGCACAGAACACCAUUGCAGACGAGAGAUAGAGCAAUUGAUUUGCAGGAUAAAGCGUGACGCGCCAAUAUUCAGCACACUAUGUGUUCUUUUGUUUUUAGCAUGUCUGGAAUCCUGCUACAGAUGUUUCGUGAUGUGCAAAAAUAGCUUAGCGCUGUAAGUGUUUGGCAGACUAGAUGAAAACCAACUGGUGUGUGCUGGAUAGUAGUAGUUUUUUUGUUGUUCUGUUGCAGAGAGACUCUCUUCGGAUGUAGGCCUACGUUCGGGUCUCUAUUUUGUUCAAGGUGGACUGAAAAAAACCCCGAUGUAUUCACUUCAAAUAAUUAUCGAGAUCGCUUCUUCCAGGCUAGCCAGAGAUACAAAAUGAAUGCCUGCACUACAUAUUAACAGCGGUAAGAUAUUCUGCCAGGCGAUGCCGAGUGCCUCGGACUGCGAGGAUGUAAAUAAUAAACAAGAAAAACAUCUCCUGUAUCGACUGAGCAGUGACGAGAGCGCGCGGAGUGGAAGUGGAAACAGCACGCGCAGUGCCGUCUCUCACGGGCCAAAAGACCAUCUGUCCGUGCAGCACGUGAAGAAACAAGAGCAGACGAACAUGCAAGAGAAGGUGUCUCCCCGCAUUGACGUCACGGAUUACUAUCCGGACGGAGGGUGGGGAUGGGUGGUGGUGGCUGCGGCCACCCUGGUGCACGUUCUCUGCAGCGGUUUCCAUUUUGCGUUCGGAGCGCUCUUCCUUGAGAUUCAACAGGAAUUCAACACAAAAAAUAUUGAAACGGCAUGGCUCGGAAGCGUUGGUCUUGGAAUAUCUUUGUUCGUGACUCCGUUCAUCACAAUCAUAUGCCGCAGAAAGAGCCCUCGCCUCUACGCCGUGAUAGGAGGAUUGAUCUGUGCCCUUGGUUGCCUUUUCCUUGCCUUUUCAACCCAACCAGAACAACUCUUUAUAAGCCACUGUGUUGUUAUGUCGCUCGGGAGUGGCAUCACCAUUGCGACCGCAAAUAUCAUGGUGGGAAGGUACUUUCGGCGAAGGCGUGAAAUAGCGGAAAUGAUUCUCAUUGGUGGAACCGGUGUUGGAACUGCACUAAUGUCCGUGCUGUUUAAAACGUUAAUUAGCACCGUCCGUUGGAUGCAUGGACUGCAGUGUAUUGCUGGCCUUCUGAUUCUCACCAUCAUAGCAGGAGCACUUUACCGCUCAGCAUCGCUGUAUCAUCCGCGGCGAAAAGUAAUCCUUCAUUUGAAAACUCAGAAGAAAAACCGCCGCGACAGAGAAGCAGAGAAACCACCAUAUCUGGACUUCAGCGCGCUGAAGAUGCGCUCUUUGCAGGCUCUCCUGUUGAUAUCGGCAGUUAUAUCUCUGGGAAUUCACAUCCCUUUUGUCAUAAUGUUAAAGAGUGCGUGUACACACAAAAUCGUCGCAGACAAACUGCUAUUGCUCAAUGUGUAUCUGGGAACCGGGUUCAUCGUGGGCUGCUUUGCCUUUGGUUACAUCACAGUGAGAAACAGUAACGAGUGUUCAAUCUCCAGACGCCAUCUUUGUCAGUCGUCUUCGAUUCUGUGCGGAGUCUUCACAUUAUUGCUGAUCAUGGCGGAAGACAGUAACGCGCAUGCGUUGUAUGCGUGGGGCUAUGGAAUUUGCUGUGGUGCCUAUUACUACAGUUUUAAGAUGUAUCUGUAUGAACUAAUGAAAUCAAAACUUAUGGAAAGAGCCUGGAGUUAUGUUGCCGGUGCACAGUGUAUUCCUUUCCUUGUGGGUGCGCCAGUAUCAGCAUAUCUCUCAGAGGCAUAUAAGACAGAUGCAGCCGGAUACAUUUUUGCUGGUGUGGUCAUGCUUAUCGGAGGACUACUUUUUUACGCCAUGCCAUUCUUCGAAAGUCAUCCUUCCAAUCAGGAAGAACUACAAAAACAUGCCAACAAUUCCUCCGCGACGUCUGCGGAGGCUGCAGCGCUGCUGGAUCUUGACGCCACUGACAACGUGAACGCCAAACCACUCAACAAUGCUCAGUGUAACAUUCCGCAUUCCAAACUGAAACAGAAUGGUAAGGACGGAAACAAAAUCCAAAUGCAGUGUUACCUGCAGCACAAGGAACGAGAAAAACCAAAACAAAUUGUGUUGUCGAAAAUCGCCGAGGAGAGAGACAUCCAGCGCAAUUCGGAAAUGACGUCAAACAAUAAAUCGGAUAACAUCUCCAACAAAAAUGAGUUUUCAGAAACAAUAACCGACGGACCUUCGGACAGCACGUUCUCCAACAACACUGAGAAGUCUAGCAGUAAAGACAGUAAUUCUGUUAAAACGAACGAUAGUAAGAAAAGUAAAAAAACGGACAACGUUCGGGUUGACCUUUUUGACCCUCCAAGUCAGGAAAAGGAAUCCACAGCCACGGUUUCGUAUGAUAGCGACCUGUACAUUAACUUGUGUGAAGCGCAGGUUUGAUAAUGGAAGAUCGAAUGUUAACAUGUGUUUCGAGACUGGAUUACACAUUUUGACAUCUACAGAAACACACACACCUGCACACAUACAUAAUGUAAAUUGAUAACUUAUUAUUAUUUUUCUGGAAUGAGAGGUGUGGUGAUUUGUUUCAAACAUUCCGCUUUGGGAGAUAUUUUCGUAUUUCCUACAGAAUUUAUAAAUAAUGAUCAUACUUCUUUCCAUAAUCGUGAAAUGUUUUAAUAGCAAUGAUGAUUAAACAUGACGUAUAUAAAGAAA